AUGGCGCCGCGGCCGCUGAGCCCGUUGGUACUGGCGCUGGGCGGCGCCGCGGCCGUGCUCGGCUCGGUGCUCUUCAUCCUUUGGAAGACCUACUUUGGCCGCGGACGGGAGCGGCGCUGGGACCGCGGCGAGGGCUGGUGGGGCGUGGAGCCCGCCCGCCUCCCCGAGUGGGACGAUUGGGACCCCGAGGAUGAGGAGGACGAAGAGCCAGCGCUGGAGGAACUGGAGCAGCGCGAGGUGCUGGUGCUGGGGCUGGAUGGCUCUGGGAAGAGCACGUUCCUGCGGGUGCUGUCCGGGAAGCCACCGCUGGAAGGCCACGUUCCCACCUGGGGCUUCAACUCUGUGCGGCUGCCCACCAAGGACUUCGAGGUGGACCUGCUAGAGAUCGGCGGCAGCCAGAACCUGCGUUUCUACUGGAAGGAGUUUGUGAAUGAGGUGGACGUGCUGGUGUUCAUGGUGGACUCGGCUGACCGGCUGCGGCUGCCCUGGGCCCGGCAGGAGCUGCACAAGCUGUUGGACAAGGACCCUGACCUGCCUGUCGUCGUGGUGGCCAACAAGCAGGACCUGAGCGGGGCCGUGAGCGUGGUGGAGCUGCAGCAGGAGCUGGGCCUGCAGGCUGUGGGCAGCCAGCGGGAGGUCUUCCUCUUGGGGGCCAGCGUCGCCCCCGCAGGGCCCGGCUUUGAAGACCCCGGCACGGUGCACAUCUGGAGAUUGCUCUUGGAGCUCCUGUCCUAGGCUGGCGGCACCCGCUGCUCGCCAACCGGCCCUGGGAGCCCCUGUUCUGCU